GACUGCCCACCGCCUGGUGACGCGGGCGGUGCCAGACGUAUCGUCACGUGACCUUCACCUUACGCUCUCCGCGAACUUCCAAUAAGCUCGUAAUUUUCCUCUCGAUGUUCUAGGAGCGGUCCGGAGCUGCAGGCCGCCCGCUGCAGCGGCCGCAGCUCGCCGCUCAGUCGGGCUCCGCCGCCCGAGACGAGACCACGCGCGCGCUUCGUGACAGUGCCAGUGACAGUGUCAGUGACGGUGACGGUGACGGUGACGAACCGGCGGACGAGCACAGCGAAAGUAAACAAACAUCAGUUACUGAUCAAAGUAUUAUAUAAUCCGGAUGUGGUGAACCUUCACGAUGGGUCACAACGCUUUUAGGAGCGUGAGUCAAACUGCCAGGAGUAGGCUGUUUGGACUCACUCCGAGGAUCUCGGGAGACAGGCAGGUGCCUCUCAGUAUGCUGAUCUCACAGCAGGGGAAGAUUAACCAUGGUCGCCUGGCGGUUAUAAUGUUCAGUAUAUGCACAGUGGUGCUCGGAGUUAUCUUAUCGUUCGUUCCAUGGCUGGACUAUAUUAUAUUUAGGGAACUAAAACUGUGGAACGGUUCGAUCAGCUACAGCUACUGGCAGAAACCAGGAGUGAUGAGGCUGACCAAGGUGUACAUCUUCAACGUGACGAACUCGCAGGCGUUCCUCGAGACGGGCGAGAAACCGAAGCUCGUGGAAGUUGGACCGUUCGUGUAUCGAGAGGACAUGGAGAAGGUGAACAUAAAAUUCCACGACAACGACACGCUGACCUACCAGCACAACAAAAUUUUGAGAUUCGUCCCGGAGAUGAGCGUCGACAAGAAGCUAAAACUGGUGGUGCCUAAUAUACCGCUGCUGACAGUCACGUCGUUCUCUCACAACAUGGCUCCGUGGCUGUUCAAUUUGUUCGUGUCCGGCCUGGCCCUGACCUACAAGGACAGAGCGAAACCCUUCGUCGACGUCACAGCCGAGGAACUGGUCUUCGGCUACAACGACCCGCUCGUCAAAUUAGCUCAUUACUUCUAUCCGAAGGGAAAGAGACCGAACACCCAAAUGGGUUUGCUGUUGGCUAGGAACGGUACCUUGGAGGAGGUGUCGACAAUAUACACAGGACACCAGGGCAUGGAGAGGUUUGGAUAUUUGGACAAAGUGAACGGCCUCGACCACAUCCCCCACUGGAAGGACAAGCCGUGCAACAACCUUCGUGCAUCGGAGGGCUCCUUCUUUCCUCCUCGCUACGUCACUAAGGAGGACCUAGUCAACGUUUACGACAAGGAUCUCUGCAGGAUAAUGCCCUUGAAAUACAGAAAGGAUGUAUACAAAGAUGGCAUCCAGACGGGGCUGUACACGCCGCCCAGCUCGACGUUCGAGUGUGCCGCUGUGAACCCGGACAACAAGUGCUACUGCGACGCCGGGGACUGUCCACCGCGAGGCUUACAGAACAUCAGUCCGUGUCAGUACAAUGCUCCAGUCUACCUGUCGUAUCCUCAUUUCUACGAUGCCGACCCCUCACUCCUGGAGCCGUUCGAAGGUCUAAAACCUGAUAAGCAGAAACACGAAACAUAUUUCAUGAUCCAACCGAGAAUCGGUGUGCCCCUGGAGGGUUUCGUGCGGGUCCAGUUGAACAUGAAGGUAGACCGCGCUCCGGGGAUCACUGUCAACAACAUUGACAAGUUCCCUGACAUGAUCUUCCCGGUCAUGUGGCUCGAGGAAGGUAUACCGGAGGUGACGACGCCAAUAUGGCGUUGGAUAUAUCUGGCCACGACGGUCGGACCGGUAGCCGGACCGGCACUGACAUACUCCAUGAUCGCGGGAGGCCUCUUGACGUUAGCUGUGAUCUUCAUACGCGCGUACAAGCGCUUCGUAUUGGGACAAAACUCGUUAGAAAUCAUAGACGUGAGCCGCGACACCUUCCGGAGGGGCUCCACGAUCAUCCUGAGUAGUUCGAUAUUGUUGCCGACGUCGUACCGACCUUUGAACAAGACGACCAGCUGUAACGAGCUCGUGUAUGUCGGCACCCAGGUCAGCAGAAGCUUCGAGAACUUGAGAAAGAAACGAAGUGAUUUCGUGAAAGCAACUUUCAGUGAAAUCGAGAGGGAAAGUUUGUUGAACUCCAAUAACACGUUUAUAAUGUCUGAAAAUAGUAAAAUUAAUAGUUAGAUAUUUGUAAUUGUACUGUGUGUGAUGUUGGCAGUAUUUUCAGUUACCGGUUUUAUUUUUUUAUUUUUGUGAGAUUGAAUGUUGGUUGAUCAUGGAUAAUCUGCAGACGUAUGUUUGGACCGCACCGGAAACCCACAGCGACUGGCAAAAACCUCUUUGGGCAUACAUUUUAUCCUGUUCUGAGAAUCGUGUCACAGAUACAACACUCACGAAUUGAAUUUCACAAUUUCUACUGUAUUUUCAAUAUACAGAACUUCCACCUUAACUCUGAACUUGAUAUCGACGCUUUGAAGUCAAUGGUGUAAUAGUUACCGCUCAGUUAUGCUAUAAAUAGUUGCCAAUGAUUACACAAAAAUAAUAUUAUAAAUACACCAACAUUCCUCUACAAUGAGAUCGGUAUAAUCGUCCUACGCGUUUCUAUAUAAAAACCUUAAUAUAUUAUGUACAUACGAGCAAUGUGCGAGAGAGAUGUUACAUAUAAUUAGGGAAAGAAACAAUCUAUGAGAUUACCUUGUCGGGAUGUGAAAUAGUAUAACUGUUUUACAUAAAAAUGGCUAUGAAAAUCUCAUCGGAUAUUAAUGGCUGUCAAAUUUUACACGAAGCCUAUCGCCCAGGGUACUUAUUAUUAAUAUUAUUUCAAUUCGCGCAUCAGGUUACAAUUGGCAACCUAAAUAUACUUAAAACUUUUUGUUGAUGUCAUUAUAUGGUUGCUAGCUCACAGACUAUAUGGUCAAAAUCAAACGUUAAAUGCGUGUUAUAUUAAGCCGACUACAAUUUCCUUCGCGGUUAUUCAGGGAUAAUUAUUUGGAAAUAAUAAAAUGGAAGGAUCUAAUCUGUAAGUAAAAUGUUAUUAAUGAAAUAAGCAGAUAUCAUUCUCACAGCACAUCAUACUCUGUUCGACAGUUUUACUGAAUAAUUUGUAGUAACGCUGUCAUCGGGCAAAGCCAGCCAUUAUUUUGAGUAUCUUGCCACGCCCGUGUACUGCGACGCCUUGACUUUAUAUAAAUAUUGUUAUUGUGAUAUUUUAAUUUUAAUAUUAUAUGAAUUGAAACGAGGUCUCGUUGAAGCAAUGUAAAUAUUAAAAAUAUGAUUACACUUUCCUUGUAGAUUAUGAAAUGUAUUAGCAGUAAUAUUCAUUAGUAAAGAAGAGGGUGAAACUGAAUUAAAAAACACCAAUCCGCAACAAACUACCCCCGCACCGCAAUAAGCACCCGUACUGUAAAAGUAAUGAUUGUAAAAGCUCGCAGAUAUAAAGCAGAUUACGAAUGUGUGGGUAGAUAGAAUUUCACGGUGAUAAAAUUAUGGUAGAACAAGGUAUUUUGUCUAAAGAAUUGCGCAUAAUAUUGUUCUCCCGAAUUUGUUGGGUGAAUACGUAAAGUGGCCACACUCCCAAAACUUGUCUAAUAUACCGAUGUUUAGAUAACGCUUUUUAUAAGAAACAACACGGGAUGAUUCCUUGACAUACAGACGAACACUUCGCUUCAACGGGGCCGAUGCUCAAGUAAUAUAACGGGCGAGGAGUCGACUCGGAGGGAACACAAAGAAAUGUAUUUCAGAAGUAUUUGGUCGUAUGUUUGAUUUAAGUAUAACUUGACCUCUAAGGACCGUGUCAUGGCCCAGGAAGCUUUCAUUUUGAAUGACGUGACCACUAUUUAGAACUUGUUCUAGUGCGAUUAUUCACUUAAAUAACGUAACGUAACAUUUCUGAAGAAAUAUUAGCUCGUGGAACGGAAGACACAGAGGGCUCUGUGGAUUUUAUUGGGAAGAAAACUGCGUUUAUAGUUUUAUAUCAGGUGUUAUUUUUGCCAAGUACCAUCAAACCUGGAACUAUUUUACUGGUGGUAGGACCUCUUGUGAGUCCGCGCGGGUAGGUACCACCGCCUUACCUAUUUCUGCCGUGAAGCAGUAAUGCGUUUCGAUCUGAAGGGUAGGGCAGCCGUUGUAACUAUACUGAGACCUUGGAACUUAUAUCUCAAGGUGGGUGGCGCAUUUACGUUGCAGAUGUCUAUGGGCUCCAGUAAUCACUUAACACCAGGUGGGCUGUGAGCUCGUCCACCCAUUUAAGCAAUAACAAAAAAAUAAACAAACCACGGAAUGAACAUCUCAUUUCAGUGUUUUCACAUCGAUUGACGUCCUACUUCGGACGAAGUUCGUAAGAAGUGGUUAGCGGUAAACAGCAGUCUCGAUGUCCCCUGUCAUUACCAAUGUCCACGAGGGUCCCCAUUAUUAAUACUUUAUCUACUUCAAAACAGAAGGAACGAAAGUUUGACGGGUCUAAAGUCGUCGGUAAUAUAGUCAACUGACAGUGAAACGUUUAUUUUUGCUUGACACGACUCGUACAUACGACCUUUUGACUUCGCAGAUGCAUUGAAUAUAGCGUGUGUUAUAAGAAUUUAGUUAAUGUCACAUUUCAAUGAGUGUUAUGAAUAUUUUGCUAUGAUAUCCAACGUAAAACGCGAAACUAUAAGUACACGGAGAGCUCCUUCUGCUGUGGUGACACAGCCAACAGUGAAACGGAUUGUGAUUAAUAAGCAAAAUGCUAAAUUGGAUUGCGAAAUAUAACGUAACACUUAUUGGAAUGUAAUAAAGAUAUUUUAUUUAGAUUCAAAAUGGAAACUCAAGUAAUUCGUCACCGGCUCUGAACUUUAGGUACAGAUUCCGAAUGAGAUCUAGAUACACUUUUGUGUGAAGAUAAAUGUUUUCAAGGUUUUCAAACCUAUCCAGAAUAAUUCCUAAGCUUUGAAUCUAAAUAUGAUAUCAUUAAAUAAAUAAUUAGCUCAUAUAAAGCUUUAAAUUGAAGACUAGAAAGUUAAUAUAACGCGAAAAUUAAAUGCCAUCAGAAAGACGCGUCUUUUUUUCAAUAAAAUGAAUACGAACUCUGUACAUUUAAUUGAAAAAAAAAUAUCAACUCUGGUAUUUUUUUCGCGUUUUAUUAAAUAUAUUUUACGGAUAAAAACUCUUAUGUAAUUAAUAUAUACAUUCCACUAGUGUUAGAGGCAGGGUGACCAUAAACUGUAGCUAUAGGGAACUAAUGUUUAGAGGAACGAUUUUUGUAAAUAGUACUUUUAAGAAGACACUUAUAUUUUGUAUUAAAUGUUACAAUGCAUACUUAAACAAAUAAAUACUGAUAUUACGAUA